GACUCUUUUCUCCCCCAAAAACCUCCAGGGCUCCGAAAACUAGUCACGUGCUAUAUAUCUGACAGUAAAAAAAAACUUCCGCACCACAAAGCCUCAUACUGACACAAGAAACACCCACAGCCAUACGCUUCAGGCGCCUUCUAUGGAACGUCAAUGCACCAGUGCCUCUUCCCAAGAAACGCACGCACACGUAUCCGCAUAAAUUCCGAAUUUUUGCUAUGUUGGGCAACAAAUUCAGCCCUCCCAACAUCUACAACUCUCGGUCGUAGACUCCCGCCGCUCCUCCGCAACACACCCCACACUAAUAACAUCAAGUGCUUCUCUACCGCGUUUCCGUCCCUCCACGGAGAGCAGAAGCUCCGUUCCAGCUUUGAGUUGCGAUUCCCCAUGUUUCGGUGCAAACGUACAUUCACGAGCACGAGUGAUAGUUCGACAAUUGCCGCCGCCGCCAUGACCCAGACGACUGUGCAGAACUCCAGCUCUCCCGCGCCGGCCGUGGAAUCGGGUGUGGAACUGAGUGCAGGGCAGAUUUUACAGCACGAGGGGAAGGAGUAUGUGGUGGUGAAAGAGGGGUUGGCGUAUAUACUUAUACCGCGAUCGCAAGGGGAAAGGCAAGUGCGGGAUGGGACGGCGGCGCAUGGAGUAGUGGGAUCAGGGGAGGAGGAGAAGGUGACGGCCGUUGAGGUGGAUGCGGAGUCGCAACGAGGAGGGAAGAAACAGCAGGGGAAACAGCAGCAGCAACAGCGGCAGCAAGAGGCCCAGUCUGUCUUCUACAACCCGAUUCAGCAGUUCAAUCGCGACUUGAGCGUUUUGGCGAUCCGCGCGUAUGGGGAGCAUGCGAUUCUGGUGAAAAAGGAGAAGAUGGAGAAGGCGGCGCUAAAUAAGAAGGGGUCGAAAGGGAGGAAGAGGAAGAGAGGGGUUACGGAUGUUGGAGGAAGGGGCGUGGAAGGGGGGAGUAAAGCGGAAGGGGAGGACGGGGAGAAGGGGAGUGCUCUUGAGAACGGCGUUCAGGCGGAUCAACAAGAUACAACUACAACUGCAACCACAUCUACAACAGAGCAAACUAGGGUCCCCUCCUUUUCCAUCCUCGAUGCUCUCUCUGCAACCGGUCUCCGCGCCCUCCGCUACGCGAAGGAAAUCCCCUUCACAACCCGCAUCGUCGCCAACGACCUCUCCCCCGACGCGAUCGAGUCCAUGAAGUUGAACAUUAAGCACAAUGGCGUCGGGGACGUUGUCGUACCCAACACCGGUGAUGCCUGUGCGUACAUGUAUAGCAUCCUCCGUGGACCCAGGAUCAAGGACAGCAAUAAUUUUGGAAAAUUUGACGUCGUUGAUCUUGAUCCCUACGGCACCGCGGCGCCGUUCCUGGACGCUGCCGUCCAGGCCAUCACCGAUGGCGGUCUGCUGUGCGUAACAUGCACAGAUGCAAGCGUGUUUGCCUCCAACGGCUAUCCCGAGAAAACUUACGCACUAUAUGGCGGCAUACCCUUCAAAGGCCCGCAGUCACACGAAGCCGGCCUCCGACUCAUCCUACACGCAAUCGCAAGCUCAGGCGCCAAGUAUGGCCUAGCCAUCGAACCCCUCCUCUCCCUCUCUAUCGAUUUCUAUGCAAGGGUCUUCGUCCGUGUCCACCGCUCACCGGCAGAGGUGAAAUUCACAGCUGGGAAGUCUAUGGUUGUAUAUAACUGCGAUAACGGCUGCGGGGCAUGGAAGACGCAGCCUCUCGCUGUGAAUAGAUGUAGGACUGAUAGGAAGGGAAACCCCUACUAUCACCAUGGCUUCGCGCAGGGACCAGCUACGGCACCUACAUGCGAGCACUGCGGAUUUAAGACUCACCUUGCUGGCCCCAUGUGGGCGGGCCCGUUGCACAACAACAUCUUUAUCCAGCGGAUUUUGGAUCUACUUCCCGGCGCAGAUAAGGAGACAUACCCCACCGUGGGGAGAAUCGAGGGGAUGCUUUCGACCGCGUUAGAGGAGGAUUUGGAUAUGGAAGGAUCCUCAUGCGAAACUUCCCCCGCUCCUGACUCUGAUAACUCUGCUGUUGUUAUUCCAGAGACUACCACGAACGGGAAAGAAAAAGACGCACCGUCUCUCAUAAUCCCCCGCACUGACCCGGCCAAACUCGACCCUCAUCCCUUUUUCUUCAUGCCCAGUUACGUCUGCAAAGUCGUGCACACCCAAACAAUCUCCGAAGACUGUCUGCGCGGCGCCCUGCGCCACCUGGGCUACAAAUCCAGUCGCAGCCAUACGAAGGCCGGCUCCGUGCGAACGGACGCGCCGUGGAACGUCAUUUGGGAAAUUAUACGUGAGUGGGUGAGGCAGAAGUGCCCCGUUAAGGAGGGCAGUAUUCGGGAGGGGACGGCGGGGAUGGGAAUUAUGAGGCGGAAGAGGGAUGUUGAGGGUGAUCGCGAGAGCCGUGUGGAUGACGAUGCGGGAGCGAAGUUGAGAGGGCUGAAGCGGGAUGUGCUAGCGGCGGUAGAAGGGUCGAGGGAGGUCUCCGAUCUGAUCAUGAGGAUUGAGUCUGCCUUGUAUCGUGCUGGUACCGGACCCAAAAGGGCCGAUGACAAGCGCAAAAAUGGAGCCGAGUGUGGUAGUACUCCUCCUCCCAAGAGUGAAAAAGCCACUCCGGAGAACCAACAACAUCAACGACGUGCUUCACCCCGAAGAAGAAGCCCCAGGCGGUCACGUUCUCCAUCCCCCAGAAGCCCGGAUCCAAGCACAUUGAAAAUCGUGUUUGAUGAGGCUCUGGGUAGGACCGUGCUCGCGGCGCAUCGGAGCAAGAGACUGACGCGGUAUCAGAUGAAUCCGAGGGCGAAUUGGGGGCCAAUGAAUAGGGCGUCGAGGAGUGGGAAGUGAAAAAUUUUACGUCAUUGUAUUUGGCUUUGUGUAUCAUUUAAUACACGCCCAAUCCCCUGGAUUUCUAGAGGAAAAAGCGGCAGUAUGCUUCUGGUAUCAGAUAAGCAAUGCAUUUGCAUGCAUAUGCAACUCCUUCAUAUAUGAAUUGAAUCUAUACAUGCAUCAUACUCCCUCUAUACCUUAAGAAUAACCAAGCACUUUAACCAAGACGUAAAAAUAAAUACCCAUUUCCUCUUAUCCCUCAAUCCCAGGAAAUACAUGUCCACCCCCUACGAACCGCCAUUCUUCUUGAUACAUUCGACGAUCGCAUCCCCAACCUCCGCCGUUUUUGCCUUCCCACCCAAAUCCGGAGUGCGAACCCCCGACUCCAGCACAGCGGACACAGCCUGCUCAAUCAACUGAGCCUCGGCCUCCAUGUGGAACGAAUAGCGGAACAUCAUCGCCACGCACAGGAUCAUGGCGACGGGGUUCGCUUUGCUUUGGCCGGCGAUGCUAUAUUUGAGAACAGAGGGGAUCAGCGUCCAUCCACUUAUCCUCCUUUCUUCUUUCAUUCUUUCUUCUUGCCCUAUCUACUUCCUGCUUUUUAUAUAAGCCAAUGUCAAGAGGGGGGGGGGAAUACAUACUCCGGCGCCGAGCCAUGCGUCGGCUCAUACAACCCCUUCAGACCCUCCUUCCCAUCUUCCCCGGGCACGCCACUCAAGCUCGCACUAGGCAGCACGCCCAAGCUGCCCACAAUCGACCCAGCCUGGUCCGACAACAUGUCGCCAAAGGUACUAUCCGCCAGCAGCACGCCGUUCAGCACGCGCGGCUUGGUAGCCAUGAGCAGCGAGGCGCUGUCGGCGAGCUGGUGGGUGAGUUUGAGCUGGGGGAAUUCGGUGGCGAUGGUUUCGGUGACGACGCGGCGCCAGAGGCGCGAGGAGGCGAGCACGUUGGCUUUGUCGAGGGAGAUUAUGGGGGAGGGGGUUGUUGGAGAAGGUUGGGCUUUUGUGGUGCAUGGCCAGGUAGGCGGCCAGGCGGGCGAUGCGGGAGACUUCGGGGGCGCUGUAGCCCCAUUCGUCCAUUGCUGGGUAGAUUAGUAUAUAAAUAACUAUAUAACUAAUAUAACAGGGGAAAGAAAAAAAAAAUAUAAUAUAAUAUAAUUACCAUAAUCCCUCUCCUCCACCUUCUUCCCAAAAUACGCCCCGCCACAAUUCUCCCUGAGCACCAAAAACUCCACCCCUUCGACCACCUCCUCCUUGAACGGACUAAACUCCCUCGUCACCGCCCUGCAUGGCGAUAUACACGGCCGCAGGUUCCCAUAUACAUUCAUCGCCUUGCGCAGCUGCAGCAGGCCCCCCUCCGGUCCCUAAAGGCCGCGACGGACUCUGUCCCAUUUUGGCCCGCCGACAGACGCGAACAGGACCGCAUCGGAGUCUAGGGCGGCUUGGAUGACAGCGUCCGUUACGGGGGUACCGUGGGCGUCGAUGCUGCAGCCGCCUAUUAGCUCGGUGCGGAGGGUGAAGGUGCGUGUCUGGGAGGAGAAGGCGGAAAGGACUUUGAGGGCUUCGGCGGUGAUUUCGGGGCCGAUGCCGUCGCCGGGCAGGACGAGGAUUUUGUGGGUGGUCAUCUCUGGUGUGUCGGGCAUCUAUAUAUAUAUAUAUAUGUGUGUGUGUGUGUGUGUGUGUGUGUAUAGAGGAAUUCAUGACAAAAGAGGGGAAUAGGGGGCUGAGACGGAAGAGGAAAAGAAAAUUUUGAGAUGGAAUCUCUCGGCCAGAAGCGGACUUCGCCGUUCCUUUUAUUCCAUGUUUUUUUACGCAGAUAUUCGGCGGGGUUAGAUUUUGAUUGCGGGGCAGGCGGCUAUGGACUGGAUUCGCACCGGCGCAGGGAAUUUUUUGUUAGCUGGCUGCAGCUUCGGCAUUGGCUGUGUCUGCCGUGAUUCAUUCGGCAUCCCGCUCGGUAAUCAUCCAUAUGUAUAUAUGCUGUGCUGUGCUGUAACCGGGUGGAUGGCAGCCAGUGGGGUGUAUGUUGGAAAAAGGGAGUAAUUCACAUCGUCAAUUGGUGUUAAUUCAGAUGUUUUAUUUCUCCUUUCCAUGCUGCUCUGUCUGUUAAACUCCUGAGAUGUUUUUCUGCGUUUUUGUGAUUGCCGGCGUUGGAUGUUCGUUCUGUCACUUUCGGCGAAACACGAUUGCUCCGAUAUCGCAUCAGUGGGAAUGCCGAGCCAGGGGGGAGGGGAUAUUGAGGUUGCAAGAAAACGAUGGGGAAGACGAAUAUCUACAAGAGUGAUUUAGUUGGGUAAUUUGGUCUCAAUUGUAUGUUAAUUUCCUCUCAUAUUCCAAGGGAAAUACUUCCAUUGAGAAACGUCUAUUAUUCUAGUAGCUAGCUACCUCCCAAAAAUGGUGUAUUUAUCUAUACGAACUACACAGACAUGAAAUGCAAAAUCAUAUCCCAUCCCCAAAUCAUUUCAACCCCAUAACCCACCCUAACAACGGCACCUCUCUAUAUAUAUUAUCCCAUCCCUUUGCCUCCCACCCCCUUCCCACUCCCCCCUGCCCCAAAAUCCCCAAUCCACCAGCCAACCACAACCCAACCCCAGCCACCGAAACCCCAAUAACAGCCCGUCUAACCCUCCUCGACCUCUUCCUCCACUCCAACGACCCCAAAA